GUGCCACUAUUUGUAGUAAUAACUUCCUCAUUGGCACUCUCUCUCUCUCUCUCACACGCACUUUCUUUCUCUCCAUUCCUCACCUCAUGAGUUCGGAAAGAGAAAAAGAAAGUUGCAACUCUCGCCACUUCUCAUGGCUCAUCAAGUCCUGCUUCCCCAACCCAAACGACACCGUCGCCAAAUUCUCCUCGCAUUCGCAGCCCCACCCUAGUUCCCCAGCGCCCGCACCCACCAUAUCCUCCCUCCCGGACGACAUCGUUUUGGACUGCCUCUCCCGCCUCCCCCCCUCCUCCCUUCCCGCCCUCUCCCUCGUCUGCCGCCGCUGGUCCCACAUCCUCCGCUGCCCCCACUUCUCCCAGCUCCGCCGCCGCCGCCGCCUCCUCCGCCACACCGCCGUCGCCAUCGCCGCCACCGCCUUCGGCUUCUCCGCCGCCACGCUCCUCGACGGCGCCUGGCACCCCUCCCUCUUCCUCCCCUUCUACGACGCCCUCUCCCUCGACAACUUCCACUCCCUACUCGCCCACGCGCGCGUCGCCUCCGUCGGCCCCAGGAUUUACCUCGUCGGGAGAGCCGCCACGUGGCAGUACGACACGUGGGCCGCCACGGUCUCCGGGCGCCCCGCCACCAUUUUCCCGCGCAAAAAAUUCGCCCUUGCAUCCCUCGCCGGAAAACUCUACGUCGCCGGCGGCGCCGCGAAGACCGCCGCGGUCGAGGAAUUCGAUCCCGAUUCCAACGCGUGGCGCGUGGUUUCCCACGCGCCGCGGAGGAGGUACGGCUGCAUUGGAGCAUCUUUUGACGGCGUUUUUUAUAUUAUUGGCGGGUUAAAAAUUGGCGCGUCGGAACAGAGCGUGUUGUCACGCGCCUACAGUGGUGCCGAGGGUCACGCGGCUUAUGCAAGUUCAAUGGAUUUGUUUGACGUGGAGGCGCGUGUGUGGCUUCGGAGCCGCACCGUGCCCGGAGGCGGCUGUGUGGUGGCAGCUUGUGCCGCCGCCGGGCGCGUGUAUAUACUUAGCAGCCACGCGGUGGAACUUUCAUUUUGGAGUUUUUAUGCUAAAAGAAAUAACGAUGGUGAGAAUAAAAAUGAUAAUGAUAACGUAUUUGGAGAAUGGUGUAAGAUAAAGACUCCGCCACUACCUGCGCAAGUUAGAGUGGACACUAGAAUGAGGUUUAGUUGCGUGGGAAUUGAGGACAAGGUGUUGUUGAUUCAGAAUUUUAAUGAAGUGAGAGGGUUAAAGAAAGGGUUUGUUUUGGUUUAUGAUUGCGUGGCCGGAGAGUGGAGUAGAGGGGUGGAUUUGCCGGAGGUUUAUCGACGCGCCGCCUAUGUGGGUGUGGAAUGCUAAGUUGCGCCGACCAUGUGGCAUCAUUGUAGUGUGACCAGCAGACAGUGGUGCGUGAGGGUUCAUAGGAUAGGGUGUACCUAAGUUGUGGUCCCCUGCAUGAGUUUGGUUAGUCUUUGCGGUGAUUUUGAUUGGCUUGUUCUCUCGAAUGUAGUUUCCAUUCUUUUAUUGAAAAAUUAAACAAUGAUUCACAUUUAUUGUUAAAGAAUCUCGUUUUUGUCUCCCGAGUUUAAAAUUUUUGCUAUUUUGACCACCUGCAAAAUAAUUUAAGUUUAUUUUGAUUCUUGGGUAGUCAAUUAGUCGUUGUGUGUUUUAAUUGCUGGAAUGGAAAAUUGAUAAUUGGAAUGGUUUCAAGUGGGUUUGAUUAAUUUGUAUUCGAGAGUGAAAGCUAAUAUGCUU